AUGAAGAGACACGAAGAUACUUCUAUACCGCUGUCGUCUGAAGACAAAAGACCAAGACUAGACAUGCCUGAGAACACAGAAAACCAGGAGAACUUUACCAAUGUCGGUGACCAGGUCGCCUCUGUCUCCCAAACUGGUGUUGCCGAUGCUCAGGGUCACCCAGUCCAGGAGGUGGAGUCCAUGUGUAUGAGAUGCCACAAGAACGGUUGUACCAGAAUGUUGUUGACCAAGAUCCCAUUCUUCCGUGAGAUCAUUGUGAUGUCUUUCGCUUGUCCUCACUGUGGUUUCAGAAACUCCGAGAUCCAGGCUGCUGCUCAGAUUGCGGAGAAGGGCUCUCGUUACAACUUCAAGAUUGAGUCUAAGGAAGACUUCUCCAGACAAGUGGUCAAGUCCGAGACUGCUACCUGUACUUUCAGUGAGUUGGAGCUUGAGAUUCCUCCAGAGCGUGGCCAGUUGACCAACAUCGAGGGUCUCCUUACAGAGAUGAUCAGCAACUUGGAAUUGGACCAGGAGGCCCGUAAGGAAGCUCAGCCUGAAGUUUACGAGAAGAUUAAUGAGUUCAUUGCUAAGGUGAGAUCUUGCCUCGAAGGUGAGAACUUGCCGCUCACAUUCUACGUUGACGACCCUGCUGGUAACUCUUGGGUUGAAUACUUGCCUGGCCAGGCUGCUCACAAGUGGUCCAUGUACGAAUACAAUAGAACCGCUGAACAGAACGUCUUCUUGGGAUUGAUUUCCGCUGAUGACGUUGCUCAGCAUAGAUUGGCUGAACUGAAUAAGAAGAAGGAUGCUACCGAUCAGAAUGUGUCCUCUUCUUUGAAGAACGAUGAAUCUAAACAACCUACAGCAUCCGGUUUUGCUGCUGAAAGUGAGAUCGAGAACUUCGAAAAUGAGGUUCAGACAUUCCAUGCCACUUGUUCGGCCUGCUCCAACCCUUGUGAGACCCAUAUGAAGACAGUCAACAUCCCUCAUUUCAAGGAUGUCAUCAUCAUGGCCACCGUCUGUGACAAUUGUGGCUACAAGUCCAACGAAGUUAAGACUGGUGGAGCAAUCCCAGAGAAGGGUAGAAAGAUCACUCUUAAGAUCACUGAUCCUGAGGACUUGGCCAGAGAUAUUUUGAAGUCCGAGACCUGUGGUUUGAGAAUUCCUGAAUUGAACUUGGACUUGACUCCAGGUACAUUGGGUGGAAGAUUUACCACCAUCGAAGGUUUGUUGACUCAGGUCUACGAAGAAUUGCACUCCAGAGUGUUCACACAAACCUCUGACUCCAUGGACGAAGAGACUAAGCAAAGAUGGACUUCUUUCUUCGCCAAAUUGCAAGACGCUAACGAAGGUAAGAUUGGCUUCACCAUUAACAUGGAAGAUCCAUUGGCUUCUUCUUACAUUCAAAACGUGUACGCUCCAGACAACGAUCCAAACAUGUUGAUCGAAGACUACGAGAGAACUCAUGAACAGAAUGAGGAUUUGGGUUUGAACGACAUGAAAGCUGAUUAG